CUUUUCUGAGUUUGAUUGCUCAGGUCUGGCCGCCCCCGCAUCACGUGACCCACUACCUUCCUUGCGCAGCUCGCGGAGAAACUGUAACGCGCUGAAUGCGAUAGUUUGGGAAAGUGCGCCGGAGAGGAAUAUCUUACCCUUUGAAAAUGGAGCGCCGCUGUAGUGACGGCAGCAUAAAGAGUGACGAGAGUGCGCCCACCGUCCUUGCUUCAAGCCUCGCCACCGCCUUGCCCUGCGUGGUUUCUGUGAGGUCGCCCGGCAUGGCAGAUGUCAGCAAGUGGCCCCUGUUCACCUUGCUGGGACCCCAGGAGAUUGCAUCAAUCAGCCUAGCUUGUGUCUUUGGUGCCUCUGGCAAUGAGGCAAUCUACUGCACCCAUGAAGAUGAGGUAUAUGCGUUUGGUCUGAACUGCAGCAACUGCCUGGGGACAGGAGACAGCCAGAGUAGCAUUUUCCCCAAGAAGGUGGAGUGUCUGAGUGGGAAGAAGGUGGUCAGUUUGAGCUAUGGCAGUGGACCUCAUGUCCUGCUGGCAACUGCAGGUGGCGAGCUGUUUGCCUGGGGCCACAAUGGCUACAGCCAGCUGGGCAAUGGGACUACCAACCAGGGAUUGUCACCCAUCCUGGUGACCAGCAAUCUCGCAAGCAAGGAGGUGACUGAAGUGGCCUGUGGGUCUCACCAUUCCAUGGCUCUCACAUCUGACGGGGAGGUGUUUGCGUGGGGCUACAACAAUUGUGGCCAGGUGGGCUCUGGAUCGACGGCCAACCAGCCCACGCCGCGGAGGGUGUCCAGCUGCCUGCAGAACAGGGUGGCGACCGGCAUCUCCUGUGGCCAGACGUCCUCCAUGGCAGUGCUGGACAAUGGGGAGGUGUAUGGCUGGGGUUAUAAUGGAAGUGGGCAGCUGGGACUGGGCAACAAUGGGAACCAGCUGACUCCGUGCCGCUUGGUGGGUCUGCAGGGGCUCUGUGUGCUGCAGAUUGCCUGCGGCUACUCCCACACGCUGGCACUGACGGACCAGGGCUGUCUGUACGCCUGGGGCGCCAACACGUAUGGCCAACUGGGCACGGGUAGCAAGAGCAACCAUCUGAGUCCAGUGCAGGUGAUCGUAGAGAAGAGCCGGAUCGUGGAGAUCGCCGCCUGCCACUCGACGCACAUGUCUGCAGCGAAGACCCAGGGUGGCCAGGUGUACAUGUGGGGGCAGUGCCGCGGCCAGGCGGUGGUGGUGCCGCAGCUGACAUACCUCAACAGUACAGAUGACGUGUUUGCCUGCUUCGCUAUGCCUGCUGUCAUGUGGCGCAUGGUGGCUGUGGAGCACGACGAUUAUCUGACGGUGGCCCAGUGCUUGAAGAAGGAGUUUGACAGCCCGGAGACGUCGGACUUGAAGUUUAGCGUGGACGGAAAACACAUCUAUGUACAUAAGGCGGUGUUGAAGAUGAGGUGUCAACACUUCCGCUCCAUGUUCCAGUCACAUUGGGAUGAGGACCUCAAGGAGGUCAUAGAGGUGGACCAAUUCUCCUACCCUGUUUACAGAGCUUUCCUCCAGUUCCUCUACACCGAUAGUGUCGACCUGCCUCCUGAAGAUGCCAUUGGGUUGUUGGACUUGGCCACCUCAUACUGUGAGAACAGACUGAAGCGUCUCUGCCAGCACAUCAUCAAAAGGGGGAUCACGGUUGAAAAUGCCUUCAGCUUGCUCUCUGCCGCCGUGCGUUAUGAUGCUGAGGAUCUGGAGGAGUUCUGCUUCAGGUUUUGUGUGAACCACCUGACAGCUGUUACGCAGACAACGGCCUUCUGGCAGAUGGAUGGGAAUCUCCUCAAGGAUUUCAUCUGUAGAGCCGGCCGCUGCGGGGCCUUCAAAAACUGACUUUGGUGGAAGAGAUGUGGCAGAGACUUUGGUGGUAGCCCAACUGACUUCGGUGGAAGAGAUGUGGCAGAGACUUUGGUGGUAGCCCAACUGACUUCUGUGGAAGAGAUGUGGCAGAGACUUUGGUGGUAGCCCAACUGACUGUAGAUGCUUGCAUCUGAGCCAUGAUGACGACUGCACUUAUUCAGUGGCCUGUGAAAUGACAUACCGCAUCCCACAAACUCACUAUUUCUCUUCCUCUCCACCUGGUAACUUGUUUUUUUCUUCCAUACCAUCAGAGCACUGAGCAGAACUUGCUUUGGGAACAAAUGCAUGCCAGAAUAGACUAGCCCUUUGUGGCAGUCUUUGACAUUCCUUGACUUCUGCUGUUGGAAUAUGGAAAGUGAAUGCACUGUCACUAAACUGCACUUCCGCUAGUGUGCACAUUUUACAGAUUCGACUUUGAUACUUAUUUCUUCCACAGCUGCUUAAAGCUGUCUGUUUGGCUUCGGCAGAUUCUGCUAAUGUUGGCAUAUUUCUGAUAUGGCCACAUUCUUAACAUGGCAGUUUCUUAACCUUAGGCUGAUGUAAAAGGCUACAUUUUUGUGACUGAGCCCUUGUACUUUUGAACACAUGACAAUUUAUUGCACUGUUGCCAUGUCCUCUUGUAUACAUUCACGAACCACUGCGAUCAAUAUUUGCACAAAUUUUACUUUUGUGACAUUUCCAGUUUUAUGGUCUCAUUGGAUGAGCAUAAUUUACUGGACAUUUCUGGCACUGCCUAUGGCUGACAAUGCCGUCUGCAGGGAUUUUGUUUCUUCCUGAAGUAUUUUCAGUUUCCCAUUCAUAUCUGUGGAGGACAAAGUGAUGCAUUAUGGGGGAGCGUGUGAUGUCAGCAUUUUCCACGGCAGGCUUCCGAUACUGACUGCCGCUCACCUUGUUCAAUCUGGGCCAGUAUGUCAGGUAACAUUCCUGAAGCUUUCAGCACUUUGAAAGACAGGAUACAAUCUGUGGAGGAACAAUGAUCAGACUGGCUUUCCGCUGAAAGCCCAGUGUUAAGCUCUUGUUCUUUUACAGUGCGUCCUGUACAAAUAAACCACCCAAAUGUACACCCUG